CAGCAUCGCAUCGCAUCUCAUCUUAUCAACUCAUCGACUCACAUUCCAACAUCUCAUCAUUCCAUCAUCUCAAGGUUGUCUUAGCUUGUCUUGCCAUUGAGACCACUAGGUUAGACGACUUGAUUACUUGACGACCUGACCCAGCCUAACUCUCUGGCUCUCGCCCACAGUUGCUGCCGCCUGCCUUCCGCUACCGAACCAGCUAUCAGCUCAUGGCGUACAUGUCUCCUGAUCCCCUGUCGGCCAAUUGGUCCUACGACAGCGCCAUCGACCUCUUCUCCCUCAACACUAUGAUCCCCGAGCCAUUCCCUCUGGAUAUCCCCAACGACAUGCUCUGGGAUGCAAAGGAGCUGCCGGCCGAUUUCUUCGCUGCCCCGACAGACAUCAACGGGUUCACCGUCUCGCAUGACGAGUCGCUCUCUUCUGACCAAGAAAGCGACGACCAGUCUUUCUCGCCCAACAACUUCAUGGCCUCGACGCCCCCGUCUGCUUCCACACUCGACCUCCCCUCGCCAAUGGCCAUGCCCAUGAAUAUCAAGACUGAGCCGCAGACUACGAUCAACCCGUGCUCCACUCAGUCUCAGCAACCCAAACGCAAAGCCUCUAUGAUCUCGGACUCGUCGAGUCGCUACUCCUCUCCCGAACUCUCACCACAGCAGCCCUCUCCACCACCUCGACAAACAACAACGACCGGCCGCAGGUCCCGAGCCGCAAACGCGACAAACGGUGAUGAGAACACCGCCCGUGGCCGCAACGCCGCUAAGCGCGCCGCUCACAACAUCAUCGAGAAGCGCUACCGCACAAACAUGAACGCCAAGUUCGUUGCUCUGGAAAAGGCCAUGUCUGUCAAGACGUCCGGUGUGUCGAAGGCCGUCUCGUCGACAAAUUCAAGUAGCAAUGGCGUCAAGUCCUCGGCGUCGCUGAAAAAGUCCGAGAUUCUGAGCAAUGCAAUCACGUACAUGCAGGAGCUGCAGGAAAUGAAUGAGCGGCUACGCAAGGAGGUCGCCGCCCUGACUCGAGAGAGAAGAGCAAAUGCAUACUGUUAAAUCUCGCAUCUUAUGGGUGAUGGUGUUUUUCGGAGUUUCUUUGCUUUUCUGCUCUUUGCUGGACUGACUAUCUGGGUAUCAGUUGUGUUGGUGGUUGUGGAUUACUGUACUAUAAAUCUUCUCCUUUUCUUUGCACCAAGAUGAGGUUUAGACCUUCUCCUGUCUGGCGUUUGAGGUUUUCGGUUGGGUGUGCAUGCAUGGGCUACGAUACCCGGAAAAGUUGGUCUCGGAUAAGAGAGUAUAAUUUCUUCUCUUUCAACAAGAUUAAAUUAUCUG